AUGGCGGGAAGUACAUCUAGUUUAGUGAUCUGUGCGAUUGGGAUAUACGCUACGUUUUUAACCUGGGCGUUGAUACAGGAGCCUUUGGCCACGAGAACGUGGCCAAACUCUAAGGAAAAAUUCCAAUUCCCCAACGUGAUUGCCCUCAUGCAAGCUACUGUGGCAAUGAUGAUGGGUUACUUGUAUUUGAAGUGGAAGAAAGUGGAAUAUUCACCUCUAAAGAUGAUUCAGGACCACUGGAAACAACUGAUGUUAAUUUCACUCACACAGAGUAGUUCAGGUCCGCUGGCAACAACGUCUCUGAAAUACGUGGAUUACCUCACUUACAUGUUGGCCAAAUCAUGUAAAAUGAUACCUGUGUUAUUAGUGCAUUUGCUGUUGUACAGAACGCCCAUAUCAAGUCAGAAAAAAGUUGUAGCCAUCUUAGUAAGUCUCGGUGUCACUAUUUUCACUAUUGGCGGCAAGGAUGGUAAGAAAUUGAAGAGAUCUCUUGACAGUGAUGGAAACAGCCACAAACUGCAAGGGUUUGGACUGCUCUCGUCCAGUUUAUUCCUCGACGGGUUAACAAAUGCCACUCAGGAUAAGUUACUCAAGGCCAAUAAGGCUCAAGAGAAGGGAGAGCGAUGCUUGAUAACAGGUGCACAUUUGAUGUUCACGCUGAACCUCUUCGUGAUACUAUGGAACAUUUUGUAUCUUAUUGUGGUUGACUAUAAACAGUGGGAGAACUCCGUUUCAGUAUUGAUGAUGGACCCACAAGUGUGGAGUUACCUAAUGCUUUAUUCGGUCUGUGGCGCCACGGGACAAUGCUUUAUUUUUUAUACCUUGGAAAAGUUUGGCUCUUUGAUCUUGAUCAUGAUAACAGUGACCAGAAAAAUGGUCUCCAUGGUUUUAAGUAUUGUGGUCUUUGGUAAGCCCGUGUGUUUCCAACAAUGGGUCGGGAUAUUCAUCGUAUUUGGUGGGAUCACCUGGGAGGCGCUCAACAAGAAGAAGGCCAGUAUACCAAAGGCAAAAUCAGCGUAG